GUGGUGGCGUGUGUGGGGGAUUGGAGGUGGAGUUCAUGGUGGAUUCGUUGAAUUAAAACCUAGACUGGGUGUCCCUUGGAGUCCAUUAGUGGCUAUCUUCCUAGACCCAGAUCUCUCGCGAAAUAUUGACGACACCAUUCAAAAUGGCGUUGGAAGUAGAAAGUGCAGAUGUUGUUAGAUUGAUCGAGCAGUACCUAAAAGAAAAUAACCUGUCAAGAACAUUGGCUGUUUUGCAGGAAGAGUCUGGCAUAACGUUGAAUACUGUUGACAGCGUUGAAGGAUUUGUAACAGAAAUCAAUAAUGGACAUUGGGAUACUGUACUUCAAGCUGUGCAACCUUUAAAGUUACCAGACAAAACUCUCAUUGAGCUCUAUGAACAGAUUGUAUUGGAAUUGAUCGAGCUCCGUGAGCUUGGUGCUGCAAGAUCAUUGUUACGACAGACGGAUCCAAUGAUCAUGUUGAAAGCACAACAACCUGACAGAUAUUUGCACUUGGAAAAUCUUUUGGCAAGGUCUUAUUUUGAUCCAAGAGAGGCAUAUCCCGAGGGCAGCAGCAAAGAGAGGAGAAGAGCAGCCAUUGCCCAAGCUUUAUCUGGAGAGGUUUCUGUUGUACCACCUUCUCGGCUGUUAGCCUUGUUGGGCCAGGCAUUAAAAUGGCAGCAAUAUCAAGGCCUUCUCCCCCCCGGAACCUCCAUUGAUGUCUUCCGUGGUAAAGCUGCCGUGAGAGACGAGGAAGAGGAGAAGUAUCCAACACAACUCAGCAGGACCAUAAAGUUUGGCACAAAAUCUCAUGCAGAAUGUGCAUUGUUCUCUCCUGACGGUCAAUAUCUUGUGUCUGGUAGCGUGGAUGGUUUCAUUGAGGUUUGGAAUUUUACUACAGGAAAGAUUCGAAAAGAUUUAAAAUAUCAAGCUCAGGAUAAUUUUAUGAUGAUGGACGACGCUGUGCUGUGUUUGACGUUCAGUCGAGAUAGCGAAAUGUUAGCAUCCGGUGGUCAAGAUGGAAAGAUUAAGGUUUGGAAAAUGCAAACUGGACAGUGUCUACGACGUUUUGAAAGAGCUCAUGCAAAAGGUGUCACGUGUAUAAAUUUCUCCCGUGAUGCAAGUCAACUUCUCAGUGGUUCAUUCGACAUGACCAUAAGAAUGCACGGUUUAAAGUCUGGUAAAACGCUGAAGGAAUUUCGCGGUCACAUUUCGUUUGUUAAUGACGUCGUUUUUACCGUAGAUGGACAUAAUAUCAUUAGUGGCAGCAGUGAUGGCACGGUUAAGGUUUGGAAUGUAAAAACGACUGAGUGUAUACACACAUUUAAGCCAGCGGUUGGCAGCGUGGCUACAGAUAUCGCAGUCAACUCUGUUCACCCGAUACCGAAGAACAUGGAGCAGUUUGUCGUCUGCAACAGAUCAAAUACCGCUGUCAUCAUGAACAUGCAGGGACAAAUCGUUCGCAGUUUCACAACCGGUAAACGCGAAGGCGGCGAUUUUGCGUGUUGUUCUCUGUCACCGCGAGGCGAAUGGAUCUACUGUGUCGGUGAAGAUAUGAUGUUGUACUGCUUUAGUACGGAUACUGGCAAACUGGAACAGUCAUUACAGGUCCAUGAAAAAGAUGUUAUUGGUGUAAAACACCAUCCUCACAAUAAUCUCAUCGCAACCUUCAGUGAGGAUGGCCAACUGAAGUUAUGGAAACCGUGACGUCAUUUGCGUGGAAGAAUUCAUCUGGAAAUCAUCGCUCGUAUGGCUGUUGCGUCACUUUCUCACGGUUUCAAUAUCUCGAAGUUGGCUUUUCUAUCAUAAAGUAUAUAAAGACGACUUUCUCGUUCCCUUGGAACGUGUCAAUAUUUUGCAUGAUAUUUCAGUGCUCAAAUGCUCUGUGUCCGGUUGCAUUAAGUCUGGAUACGUAGCGUUAUCAAUUUGAUAGCAAAAAUUGUUAAACUUGGAGAAAAGGUGUUUAUGUUUGUUUUUAAAAGGUUUGUAAAAGUUCAAAAAAACCUGCUAUCCAAUAUAUAACGCUAUCCUCGCUUCGUGCAACCGGCCCCAGGCUGUUAUGUCAUUAAUCAUAACGAAAAAUUGUGUUUUAUACAACAUGAAGUAAGUUUCCCAAAAAAAUUUUCCUUGAAAAAAAUUAAAGUAAUGAAAUGCUAUAUGGCACUCUGUGUGCUUAGCAUGUCUGGCAUUGUAUGAAGUGUUUUUUAAGUACACUGUAAUUUAUUAAGUAAGAUUGUUUUCUCGACAAAUAAGACAAUCAAGCAUGGGGGUUUUGAAAGAAAGUUUUUCUGGCGAACGUCGGCUGGUGCCAGUAAUGGCUUAAUUAAAACAAUGAGACCACCAACAUUCCAAAGGCCAAACCAAAUCAAGAAUUUGAAUAACCACUUAUGCGCCCGCUGUGUGUGCGAUAAGCCCGUACAGCGAACGUUAUACCACAGAAUAAACACGUGUUAUUUAUUUUCACCAUAUAACUUACGCUCGUUAAAAGACAGUUACAAAUAUUUCUUUUCUGUUGAGACACAUUUCAAAAUUUAAUGAAUACCCCUCCGAGAGCCUUUGGUCGAGGUCGCCGAGGGAGGGCAACUGCUUUGCCGAGUGCUGGCCAACAGGUUGCCACGAAAUACGUGCCUUUGAAACCGUCAGAAAGCCAAGUUGUUGAUUCUUACAAAGGUGUUAAAGAAGCAAUCGAGACAACUCUACGAAACGUUUCUGAUGAUAAUCUGAAACGUUGCUUACGGGAGGCAGAAAAAUAUGCAACAGACGACGAGAACAUGGAAAAGGUUGUUGCAGAGCUUUUUAAAAAAUCUUUAGAAGAUAAAAAUAUGGCUUACAAUUGUGGCCUCGUUGCUGCAGCCAUGUUUUCUUUAGAAUCGAAUGGUAAUAAUUUCAGGGGUAAAUUCUUCAAAAAGAUACAGGAUACUUAUAAAAGUCGCGAGGCUAUGAAGAAAAAAGCUUUCGACAAGUAUAUUGCCUACACUUGUCUGAUGACUUCCAUAUUCAAAUAUGUAAAGAUCAAACAUGAACCGAUCAAAAUACUUGUAAAACCCAUGUACACGAUGCUUUGUGAACUUGUCGAGUCAAAAACAGAAAAUGAGUUGGAAAGAGAGCAAGAAGUGUUUGCGUUUCGCGAUAAUCUGUUGCAUGUUGCGAUGCUUCUUCAAUCCUCAGACAGGGAGGAAAUGGAUGCCCUUUUCAAAACAGUCCGAUGCAGUAUAAUAAGCGAAACAGUUCCCAAGAUAUCUUGUGUGCUUCUUGAGAUGUUCGAAUUAUAUUGUUGUGGUGACUGGACUGCCAACAUGGAGAUGAAUGAAUUUUACAAUCACUUAAUGAAAGAUAUAAAUGUAAAAUCAUGAUAAUUUCUUUUAUUUUGUUUCACUUUAAGUUACUGUGUUGUUCAAGUGAGACAGAAAUCUCAAAUUGUUGUGUAUAAUAUAAUGGAUCAAAGUUACAUAUUUCAUCAAAUGUGCAGCAUUUGCUGCAUUCAUAUUUAUGACCAGAAUGGAUUAAAUUUAUAUUUCAUUUCAUUAA